AUGACACAAAUCUGGAAGUGCGAUGAGUGCGGACUCCCCGGUGUCCGCCUCGCAAGCAAUGAUGCCAACGGCGCAGCCUACUACAAGUGCAUUCCAUGCAACCGCUCCUUGGGCUCCUGCCCUUGCACCACACCAGGAUCCAGAACUACUUCAACAUGCCCAUGUGGCGAACGAAGCGACUCCCGAUCACCAGGUCUCGAUGUGCCUCGUGGCAUGUCCGUGUACUCCACAGAGGCGGACUCAGGGUUCGAUGAGGACUGGGAGGCAAAUUGCAAGCCUGGCUUCAUGGUAUCAAGAUUCAAGGCUGCGGGCCAUGAGUUACUUUGGGGUUGA